AUGCGGCUGUUGUGUGGCAGCUGCCGCAGGCGUGAGCGCGCCUUCCCACCUCCGGCGCUCCCCGCUUCCCUGCAGGCCACUACCGCGCUUCCCGCCGAGGGCUUCAUUCUUGAGCUGGACCUGGAGGCCAGCUCGGUUGUGGAGGUGACGCGGUCGCCGGGCCUGCAGUCGCUGCUGCAGCCCGGCACCGCGCAGCUGUCGCUGCAGGAGGCGACUGGGGCGCUGCGGGCUGCGGGCGGGGACCCUCGCGUGAAGGGCCUUCUGGCGCUGCUCGGGGGCCAGACGGGCAUGGGGCUGGCGCAGGUGCAGGAGCUGCGGGAUGCUGUGGCAGACUUCAGGCAAGCAGCCGCGGGCCGUGCGCCCACAGUCGCCUAUGCCGACGCCUUUGGGGAGGGCGGUGCCGGCGGCACCGCCGCUUUCUACCUUGCCUCUGCCUUUGACGUGGUGGCGGUGCAGCCCGGGGGCCUGGUGUCGGUGACCGGCCUGGCAGCCGCCACACCCUUUGCCCGCGGCCUGCUGGACCGCUGGCGCAUCGUGCCCGUCUUCUUUGCCCGUGAGGAGUACAAGAGCGCCGCCAACUUCCUGCGGUACCGCGGAUCCACCCGCGCCGAGCGCGAGGCGCUGGGCGACCGGCUGGCCAGCCUGGGCGCGCAGGUGGUGCGCGGCAUCGCGGCGGGCAGGGGGCUGUCGGAGGAGCAGGUUCGGCGCGCCAUCGACGGCGCGCCGCACUUGGCCGCGGAGGCCGCCGCGCUGCGCCUCAUCGACGCCCCGCUGCACCGCGAUCAGGCGCGCAAGCUGGUGUCGCGGCUGCGCGAGGGCAUGGCGCCGGCGCGGCCGCCCAGCGACAGCAUCGCGGCGGCGCGAGCGGCGCUCACCGCCCUGGCCACCGGCCAGCCUGCGGAGGCGCCCUCCCGCACCUCGCCGCCCCUGGGCGGCGCUUCCCCCGACGCCAUCGCCUCCCUGCCCGUGAUCAAGGCACUGAGGGCCGCCCGCCAGGACCCCGCCGUCAAGGCGUGCGUGCUGCGGGUGGACAGCCCAGGCGGCUCCGCCGCCGCCUCCGAGGCCAUCCACCGCGAGGUGUCGCUGGUGGUGGGGGCGGGCAAGCCUGUGGUGGUGUCCAUGGGAAACGUGGCGGCCAGCGGCGGCUACUACAUCGCCACCGCCGCCAGCAAGAUUGUGGCGCAGCCGGGCACGCUGACAGGCAGCAUCGGGGUGCUGGCAGGCAAGCUGGUGUGUGACGCAGCCCUGCGCGAGUACGGCGUGAGCGUGGAGGUGGUGACGGUGGGCCGCUCCGCCGCCGCCAUGUCCCCCCUCACUCCCUUCACCAGGCACCAGCGGCGGCGGGUGGAGGAGUUCAUGGACGCAACCUACGCCCUGUUCAAGCAGCGUGUGGCCGAGGGUCGGGGCCUGAAGCCCGAGGCGGUGGCCAAGCUGGCCAAGGGGCGGGUGUGGACGGGGGAGCAGGCAGUCGAGGCGGGGCUGGUGGACCAGCUGGGCGGGCUGCAGGCGGCAGUGGAGCUGGCCAAGCGCGAGGCGGGGCUGCCGCUGGAGGAGGGGGCGGUGGAGCUGCGCCAGGCCUACCCAGAGAAGAAGUCGCGGCUGGCUGCCGCGCUCAAGCUGGUGCGCGGGGAGGACGCCGGCGGCGAUGGCGGCGCCGCGGCGCAGCCAGCGCCCGCGCCCGCUGCCGCCGCGGCGCUGGCUGCCGUGAUGGCUGCGACUCUGGGCCGCCCGCUGAGCGGCGCGGAGCUGGCGGUGCUGCAGCAGCUGCAGGUCGGCAUGAUGUCGCCUCAGCUGCUGUCCCUCGACGCCGUGCGCCUCGCCGCCGCAAUCUGA